GCCAAAAAGGGCUACCUAUAAAUGGAGGGCCCGACGCGACAAGCCAGCAGUAGACCAGUAGACAGAGAAAGACUAGAACUACAAUGAUGUACUACAGCCUGACCUUACUGGCAUUGGCCGCCCUGAUUGGAAGCUUUGGAGCCGUUGAAGCCGACAUCAACAUCUGCUCUGGUGUGGUCAGCAAUCUGUUCCUGCCGCACAUCAGCAACUGCAGCAAGUACAACCUGUGCAUGAGUGAAGUGGCUGUGCCUCGCGAGUGCCCGCAAGGCUUCUACUUCGAUGCCAAGGAUCAGCAGUGCGUGGUUGUGGAGGAAGUCCGUUGCCUGCCCACCUGUCCCGCCAAGGGCCUCACAUCUUUCUGCUACGACCGCACCUGUACCAAGUACGUGCUCUGCUUUGACGGCACACCCGUCCUACGGCAGUGCUCCGACGGCCUGCAGUACAACGCCCAGACGGAUCGCUGCGACUACCCGCAGUUUGUGGAUUGCGUGGACAAUCUGUGCGUCAGGCAGAACAAUCCCGAUGACAUUGUCUACAUAGCCAGCAAGUCGUUGUGCGACAAGUACUUUGUCUGUGUGGACGGUCUGCCACAGGUGCAGAACUGCACGCGCGGCCUCCAAUACAAUGCCGCGACUACCAGCUGUGACUUCCCCUCGAAGGUCAACUGCACGGUGGAGACACUGCAGCGCAAUAUCAUGCCCUAUGCAAAGGCUCCUCCCCGAAUCGCGGGCAUCGAAUGUCCUGCCGAGGAUGCUCACUUUUAUGCACACCAGACCCGCCAGGAUGCCUACUACUACUGCCUGAAUGGACGUGGUGUCACCUUGGAUUGCACACCCGGUCUCAUCUACGAUGCCAAGCGCGAGGAAUGCCGCGAGCCUCAGUUCGUGACUGCCUAAGCAGAAUCCCAGCACAGAAAAUAAAUUGCAAUUGUCUUUCAAAAA